AUGACAGAAGAGGCAAACCUUGGCAGGCACACUCUCCGUGAUUUUCGCUCCUUCAUCUUCUCCUGGCCAUAUUUGUUGGAAGCCCAACGGCAACCAGCAUCUCUGCAACAGACCAAGGUGACGAAACAACAAACCAAUAUGGCCAAGCGACGAUAUCUCCUGCACGACUUGUUUCGCGGACCCGAGCCGUUUGAGGGUUCCAUUGUUCCGACAAAUAGCACGAUUGUCGCCCUGACUCUGCUUUCGAAGUGUGCAACCACGAUUUACAGCUGUGGGCCAAGCAGAUCGCCACGUUUAGAGUCAUACUCAAGCCGUCAUUGCCAUUGUUGUACGACGUCCAUCGAGUCCAAUGUUGACACCCGGCGGAUGCAGCGGCCGCCGCGCAGAUUCCAAGUUUUUAGCACGCGGCUUCGGCUUGGACGGAUUGCGUACGUGAUGCCAGACACAAAAUUGCCUGCUGAGCGUGUUACCAGCCGCAUACUCCAAUUGCCCACGCAUCCACUUGACUUUCGUUUGCCAAACCUGGAAAGCUGGUGGUUGUAUUGCUCCAACCUUGCCGAGUAUUCUCCACCGUAG